AUGGCAAUCACUCCCGGCAACAGAGCUCAACAACUUCACGCCCGCAGUCUCCGAGCACUAGUUGUAGAAUAUUAUCGCUCGAAGGCAGGGGAACUCGAAGAGCAACACGGCACCAUUAACGCAAACGGGGAUGGACUCAAAGACAUCCUCCAGGCCUACAACUAUAAACUUUGCAGUUCGUUUGGGCCAUGCCAUAGUGUCCUGCGCACAUGGAGUCGAGGCACAAACCAAUCACAGAUCGAUCAUGUGGUUAUGCCAAUCAUACCUCGUUUCCAGCGGCCAAAGUGCAAAGCGGUGGAAGGAACAGCAGGGUUCUCUGACCACCGCAUGCUGCUACUGACGGUACGUCAUCAUCAACCGAAUGCAAGAACGGAAACCCCUCGUGCCACAGAAAGCGAAUUCAACGUUAACACCAAGGAUGGAAGGGCCGGAAAAAUUGGACAACCGAACUCCCGAGUCUCUCUUCUGACAACCGAUCCUGCAGCAAAAGAACGCUACUCUAAAGAACUUACCAGGAAAUUAGAUAUCCAAAAUGACGGCACUGUAGGCAGCACAAACCAGCUUAUCGAGUCUACCAUAACUGCCAUAUUAGACACUGCGUCAACCACGCUGAAUGGAUCCACGUCCCCAUCAACUCCCAGAAGAAGAAAAUGCGGUCGCGACAUAGAAAAGGCUCAACGUGAGCUGCUAGCGAACAGAAACGAUGCAGAACUCAAAAGAAAGUACCGAGAUGCUCGAAAAAGGAAAAGCAAAGCGUACGGAAACCACCAGGAAGAAAAAGUUAAGUUGUUCUUCGAAAACAUAGAAAACUUUCCAGUUUUAGAAAGACUCCGUUUAACAUUUCGUUACUUAAAACGUCAUCGCCGCAAAAUCACGCAAGGUGCAUCAACGUAUAUCCCAAUCCAAAGGUGGGAGGAGAAACUACAAUCCAGCGCAAGUCAAAAGGAAGUGGUAUUGCUUCCAGAGCCGACUCCACCCCCAAUUAACUCAGGCCCAACGUGGCAUGACGUAGAACGCCUCAGCUUAACCCUACGUAACGGCACAGCUACGGGUGUGGACGCGGUACGCCCGGAGUUACUGAGAUAUGGGCCCGAAAGUCUACAUCGACGCAUCCAUGAAAUUUUGAAGCAAAUAUGGCAACAAAAUGAAGUGCCUCCUCGGCUGUUAGAGACUUUCCAAAUACCUAUUCCCAAAAACCCUCGACCCAAAAACGCAGACGAGUAUAGACGCAUCACCUUCUGUUCCGUUAUUUAUAAGAUAUACGCCAGAUUCCUGCUGGAACAGCUUGAAAUAUAUCUUGGAGACGUUGACAACUACCAGUUUGCGUAUCACAACAACAGGAGCGCCGAGGACCAAAUAUUCAUCGUACGCCAAAUGCUGGACGAGCGAUGGCGCAAAGGUAGAACCACGUAUAUCGUUUCGCUGGACCUACGGCAAGCAUUCGAUACCAUCGAUCUACGCGUGGUGCCAGAGACAUUAUCGAGUGGUUCUGGCAAAGAACUGAAACACAAUAAAGUAACAGGAAUAAAGCAAGGAUGCCCACUGUCACCAAAAUUAUUUGUGUACCUUCUUGACCAAGCACACCAACGACUAAAACAACUGAUGCCGGAAUUACAACUAGGCCAGACGCAGCGAAUAAAAUUACCAUGCCUGCGAGUGUACGCAGACGAUAUAUUAUCAAUCGUUACAGACCCUGCACAGAUUCCAAGACUACUCAAUCUCAUCGGCCCUUGCCUGAAGGAGUUUGGACUAGAACUCAAUGUCACCAAAACUGAAGUUUUGAUCCGGGACCCAUCACGAACGCAAAACCUUGACGCUCCAAGAAGUGAACGUUUUGGAAACUUUGAGCUGCGAGUGGUAUCCAAGCUGAGAUAUUUAGGAGCAUAUAUCACCAGCUCACUAAACAGACGGGAAACAGUAUCCGAUCGGGUUCUAAAAGCGCUUCGAGCUGAUGAGUCCAAUUGUGCUGUACGCUUUGAGAGUGUCAACACUAUCAAAGCACAAUCGAGAUCGGCUACGCGACAUAGAACAAAAGAUCGUACUUGGUCUAUAUUCAGCUUCGAGACACAGCGCCGAACGCCCUAUGGAAUUGGACGGCUUUUCUACUGGGCUCACCUGCUUAGAAUGGGGGAAAGCGAGAUACUGAAGCUGACUGAAGAUUAUAAAAUCUCUGGACCUCAAAAACUAGGACGCCCUUGUCACAACUGGGAAACCUGUCUGAAACACGAUACACAAUGCACCGAUCUUUCGGAAAGCUAUCUCAGGGAGCUGGCUGAGGAUAGAGGAAGGUUUCAAGCUUUCGCAGACAGAAUGAAAACGAGAAUCGAAGAAGAACAAAUGGAAGGAGACUACGAUUCCGAUUUCGUCAGCUUUCCUGAUGAAGAAGACUCAUACGGCAACUUCGAAGGUUAUGAUGACGCGAGCGACUCAGAAUGA